AUGUUCCGUGGAAUGGGCAACAGGCGCAAGCAGGCCAGGUCCAAGCUCGUUGUUACUGAGGAUGAUGAUGCAUUCAAUGCGGAAAAUGAGAAAUAUACGGAUGUCAGCACCAAGCGAUCAGAGAGCGAAGUAAGUACAUCAGAGGAAUCGGAUGAAGAGGACAGUGAGGAAGAUGAUGAAGAAGAUGAUGACGACGACGACGACGACGACGACGAAGACGAUGACGACGAAGAUGAUGAUGAUGAUGAUGAUGAUGAUGAAAUUGAGGAAGACGAGGAGGAAGGGGAAGACGAGGAAGACGAAGAGGAUGAAGAUGAGGAAGACGAAGAGUCUGGCAGCGGAACUAAGCUGGAUGAUAAGGACGAUGCAUCGAGCGCAGAUACGAUGAGGGAAAACCAAGAAUCCAAUAUAUCUGAACUUUCAUCUGCAUCUAUACGGGAGUCUCGUUCUGAACCUACAGAGCAGGACAAUGCCCCUUUGGAUGUAGACACAGCGAAAGCUAUUUUGUCCAAUGCGCCUCGUCCUGAUCCAAUCUCACCAUCAGUGGGUGCUGCUUCUAUGAUUGAACCAGAACAAAUUAUUGAAAAUCCUUUUGCAGAACCUAAAAAACACGAUCGAUCCGACCCCCGUGUAACGGAAAAGGCCAAUAAAGCGUCAACUCUCGAUGCAUAUACAGAAAAGCAUAAAGCCGCUUCCGAGAAAGCAGAAAGGAUCAAUGAUACCGAAUAUGACCUUAUAUUAGCGCGCAUGGUGGCGCAGAAUCGCAAACUGAAUCAGGAUCCCAAAGCGAUGCGGCGCUCUGCUUUGGGAAUUGGCAAGCUGCGGAAGAGCUUCGAGCGACUGCAGAUCCGCAAUCAGCCCCGAAGCGAAGCUGAAGCUGAUGGUAUGGGAACUGGGAGCAGGGAUUUCGGACUGAAUUUGGAUGGUCAGAAUGAAAGAAAGUCUUUGAAUAUGGAAGAAAAUGCAAACCAGAUCGACUGGGAAUUCUGGGGUGGUCUGAUUAAAGCAGACUACGCCAAUAUUCUUGCCACGAGUCCAAUAGAGCUGACCAAGGCAAUCUACACCGGUAUACCGGCUGUACUCCGUGGUAUGAUGUGGCAGCUUCUGAGCAGCAGCAAAGAUGAAGAACUCGAAACGCAGUAUGCAAAAUAUCUAUCACUUUCAUGCCCUCAUGAGUCGUUGAUCCGACGUGAUUUGAGUCGCACUUUCCCUUCACAAGAUUUUUUUAAAGAUGCUAAAGGAGUGGGACAGGAGAGCCUCUAUAAUGUGGUGAAAGCCUACUCUCUAUAUGACCCUGAAUGUGGCUACUGUCAGGGAAUGCAGUUUGUGGUGGGCCCACUGUUACUGAAUAUGCCGGAUGAAGAAGCAUUCAGUACAUUUGUGCGGUUGAUGCAAAAUUACGAUCUGCGUGGUCACUUUAUUCCCAAUAUGCCAGCCCUGCAGCUCCGAUUAUAUCAAUUUGACAGGCUCCUAGAGGACAUGCUUCCUGUCCUGUAUAACCAUUUCCUGCGCCGAGGGAUCCGGAGCAGCAUGUAUGCAAGCCAAUGGUUUAUGACACUGUUUUCAUACCGAUUCCCGCUGGAGAUUGUAUAUCGUAUUUUGGACUCUAUCUUUGCGGAAGGUAUCGAUGCAAUGUUCAGAUUCGCCAUCGCCUUCCUGGAGAAGAACGAGGAAAAGCUGCUCUCGCUUGACUUUGAGCGCUGCCUUGACUUCCUCAAGAUUAAUUUGAUUGACGCGUAUCGUACUGAAAGUGGCACGGAGCCCAUGUUCCGUACCGGAGAGCUCGUUCGAGACGCAUUUCGUGUAAAAAUUCCACAAUAUAUGCUCGAAUCUUAUGCCAAUGACUUUUAUGAGCAGGCCAAGGCCGUCAAUGAUCGACAGAUUGAAAUGGAGGCACUGCGCACGGUGAACCGCAACUUGCGCAUAAAGGUGCAGGCAUUGGAGGAUCAGCUCAACCAGCUCAAUACCGAGCAUGUGAAUCUAAUCAAGCGUGUCGUUAUGGAAAAACUAUCACAAGAGGAAAUGGCAGAGGAGCUCGUGCGUUACAAAGUCAUGUAUGCCGAGGCCGUGCUCCAAAAUGAGAUCUCGUGA